GGAGUGGGGGGAGGGGAGGGAGAGGCGAGAGAGAGUCGCAGGCCGGAGGCUUUGAGGAGUGACGCGGCGGGAGAGGGAGAAAGGAGGGAGAGCCAUCGCCGCCGAUGAGAGGAGCAAAGCCGCACCUUCCACGGGAGCCGCGGGAGAGAUGACAGCAGAGCCGCGCAGUGAAAGCAAGCUGAAUACAUUAGUGCAGAAGCUUCAUGAAUAUUUGGCUCAAUCAACAGAACAAGGCGAAGAAACUGUAUCCUCUCCAAAGCUCUGUCUAAAUCAGUUUUCAGGUAAAGGGAACAUAACUGUAAUUUCCACUUCAUCACAUAUGGAGGAUAAAGAGGCCUCCAGUCAAAAAUCGAAGUCUUCGGGAACAUCCCGUUCAAGAAGGAAGCCCUCCUUUGUGACAAAACAUGUUAUAUCAGAUGAUGAAACAUCAAAUGAGAAUACCUCAGACGGUGAAAAAUUGACUUCAAAGACUGAGGAUACAAAUGACUUGGAUGUGAAUAGUCUGCCUAAAGGCACAAUAGUGGUACAGCCUGAACCAGCAUGGAAUGAAGACAAAGAUAACUUUAGAGGCCCUGAAUUUAGAAGCAGAAAUCCUAAAAACAAAAUGGAAACGGCAAAGAAACGUGGAGAUGAGAAUUUGCAUGGAAUUGUCAGCUGUACUGCUUGUGGACAGCAAGUGAACCAUUUUCAUAAGGAUUCAGUCCAGCGGCAUCCGGCAUUGAAAGUUCUCAUUUGUAGGAGUUGCCAUAAGUACUAUAUGAGUGACGAUAUUAGCCGAGAUGCAGAUGGUAUGGAUGAACAAUGCAGAUGGUGUGCUGAAGGUGGAAAUCUGAUUUGUUGUGAUUUUUGUCACAAUGCAUUUUGCAAAAGCUGCAUCUUGCGAAACUUGGGCAGGAAAGAACUAUCCAAUAUUAUGGAUGAAAACAAAAAGUGGUACUGCUAUGUAUGUAACCCAGAGCCUUUAUUGGAUUUGGUGACUGCUUGUGACAGUGUAUUUGAGUGUCUCGAUCAGCUGUGGCAACAAAACAGAAAAAGGAGAGACUUUGAUAAAUUUAAAUUGGACAGUGAUAAAUGCAAGUCUCCAGGUCCUCAUGACAGUGACAAGUCUAUGGAUCAUGAGUAUAAAAAUACUCGGAGAAUUUCCAGUAAAGGUUGUAACGGUCAAGAAAAGGAUGAAGACACGUUAACAACCCUUCCUCCAGGUUCUGGAAGCAUUUUAUAUUCUUAUAAGGCACUGAAAGUGCCAAAAGAAAUUCUGAAGAAGGCUCGCAAGUUAAUAGAUACAACAGCUAACUUGAAUAUGAGUUUUGUUAAUUUCUUAAAACAGAAAGAUUUGAAUGAAUCUGAGCCUAAUGUAAGCAUGAGACAAUUGAAAGCUUUUAAGUCUGUGCUUGGAGAUCUAAAGAAAGUUCAUCUUGCAUUGGAAGAAGUUGUAGAUAAAGAGAUUCAGGACUUGGAAAAGGAAAAGAGUAAGAAGCAUGCUGAAUCAUUGCAAGAUUGUGUUAAGAAAUUUGAGGUAUUGGAUUCCACUAACAAGGAGAACGAUUUAUUACCUGAUCGGACAAUUGCAGAAAACUCAGUUUCAGCUGAAGAUGAAUCUGAUCAGAUGGAAGUAUCAGUAGCGCCAAGUGAACCAGACAAGAUUACUGAAGACCAACAAAUGUCAGUAGAACAAAUAAGUCCACUAGUACUGGAUUCAAGAAUGCCUAGAAUUGAAACUGAUUGUAUAUCAAAUGAAGAUCUGUUGGUCAAAAACGAAGUUGUUGCUAAUACUGAAAAUACAGGUCUUGUAUUAGAAUCCGAGAUGGGUGAAGCAACAUUGCUUAACAGUUUAGAUGAAGCUUUAGAUAUGGGUUCUGUUGCUUCAUUAACUGAAGGUUUGUUUGGGGCAACUGUCUCGUUGCUACCAGAUCUGGAUGCUAUGGAUAAUUCUGCUAGUAAUAGCACACUGUUAGAUACUACAUCAGCUAAAGCACCUGCUGAAAAUCAGAAUUCUGAAAAAUCCUCAGAGAUCGACUCUGAUUCCAGUGUGAAAUCUUCAGCUAAGUGUGAAUCUUUAAGUAAGUUGACCCCAGCUUCACUUAAGAGAGCUAAAAAAAGUGCAAAAGAUGCAGGCAAGAAAAAAAUAUUUAAGGAUAGACAAGGUACUGCAACAAUAGAUGAUGCUGAAGGUUUUGCUGAGAUGGAGGAUAAUGGGAGGGACACUACUGAGGCAGAGGAUGAAGAAGUUGCUGAGGCAGUAGCUAAUGGGAGUGAUGCUGCUGAGGUAGUGGAUAAUAACGAUGGAAACAAAGGGCAUGUGGUGGAGAGUGAUGCAGGCAGUGCUGGCGACAACGAUGGAAAUGAAGCUGAUGGCGAUGACACUGGAUAUGGAGUGGAUAGUCAUGACGAUGUAGAAGAUGGAGAAAGAAUCAGUGCUGCAGAAGAUUCCAUUAAAGACAAAAAAGUCAGGAAAAAAAUUCAAAGCGGAAAUUUAAAAAUUUCAAAAAAGAGAAAGAAAAAAUCAGAUGAAGUAAUUGAAGAUGAUCUUGAAAAUGAUCCUGUCAAUGAUACUUCAGUUCUAUCAGAAGAUGCUGAUACCAGGCGAUCACCUCGCAUUAAAACUACACCCUUGAGGCGUCCUGGUGGAGCAGGAAUUGUGAACUCCAGAUCUGAAGAAGACACUGAUAGUACUGGUGGUGAUAAAAAGCGUAGAAGAUUGAAAAGGGAAGCUAAAGGUAAAGACAAAGUUGACUCUUCAGGGAAAGUAAAAUCAAAAACGGUCAGCAAAAGUCUCAAGUGCGAGAUGCAAGAAUCUGAUCCUAAUAAGUCAGAUACACCACAUCAAGCUAGUGUGCAAACUACCUCUGACUCAGAUGAAAUCCCUGAGGUAUUGAAAAAGGCUGCAGUGAAGUGUGAGAGUUCCUCAGAUGUGGAUAACAAAGAUAGUGAUUCAUCCCAAAGAAUUAUUAAAAGGACUAGUUUGUUUGGCUUGAGAAAACGAAUGCCACAGUCUAGUAGUCUUAAACGGAAAAGGAAAUGCUCAUCCUCAAGCUCAGAUUUUGGUGGAAAAGAGAAAAAAAGAUCCAGUAAAAGGAUAAGUGUUGCGAACAAAAAAAGACAGCAUCGUUCAGACUCUUCCAACUAUGAUUCUGACCUAGAAAAAGAAAUAAAGAACUUGAGUAAAAUUGGUGCUGUUAAAAAAUCAGCUUCAAAGAAAACAAAAAGACAGAUAACCAAGGAUGAUAGGGAUGAUUCAUCAAAAGAUGAGAAAGUUCCCACAAAUGCUGCUCCAGAAAAAGCAAAAUUGAAACGAAAGAAACGAGCCGUGGAGAAAAAGCAAAGCUCUUCAUCAUCGUCAGAUGAUGAAGAAGAAACUGAACAAGGGGACAAGCAGGACAUGCCUGGAGAACAUAGCAGUGAUGAACAAAAGAUACAGCCUAUCAUGGAAAACAUUGUUCUCGCUACAGGAUCGGGUUUUUGCCAGUCAUCAGGUGAUGAAGCGGAGGGAAAUUCAAAAAAUAUUCCCCCAUGUGCCAGUGAUGACUAUGACGAUGACCCUGAGAAUAGAAUUGCUAAGAAGAUGCUGCUAGCUGAAAUAAAUGCAAAUUUGUCAUCCAAUGAUGAUAAGUCUUCAGAAGAGGAAUCUGAAGAAGAAAAGAAGAAAUCAGACCCAAAAAGUGAGGCAGAAGAUGAUGAAAAUGAUGAGGAAGAGGAUGCUGAACCAGAUUCUGAUUCAGAUUCUGACUUUGAAAUGACAAAGAAACCACGCUAUAGACAUCGACUUCUGAGACACAAGCUCACAAUGAGUGAUGGUGAAUCUGGGGAUGAAAAGAAGGGAUCUAAAGUCAAAGAGCAGACAAAAGAAGGCACACGAAAGAGCAGAAGAAAAGCAAGUAGUAAUGAAAAUACUACUGAGCACGAGAGUGAUUCAGAUUUUCAGGAGUCAGGAUCGAGUGAGGAAGAGGAAAGUGAUUCUGAUGAUAAACGGAAGCGCCCAAGAACAAGAGCAUCUAAGAAAGAGGCAGAGGAAAAUCAACGUAGCUACCUUCAGAAAAAGAAAAGAAGGCGAAUUAAAGUUCAAGAAAACUCAUCAAGUGAAAAGCAAAGUAACUCAGAAGAUGAGGGUAACAGUGAUAGUGAUGACAAUGACAUUGAUUCCAAAUCCCCUGGAAAAGGUCGGAAGAAGAUUAGAAAGAUUUUGAAAGAUGGAAAUUUACGUACAGAAACUCAAAAUGCCUUGAAAGAAGAGGAAGAUAGAAGAAAACGCAUCGCUGAUCGAGAAAAAGAGAGAGAAAAGUUGCGAGAGCAGGUUGUGUCUGAAGAUAUGUCACCAAUGCAGUGUCCAAUAACCACUAAACUAGUCCUUGAUGAAGACAAGGAGACAAAUGAAUCUAUUGUCCAGGUCCAUAGAAAUUUGGUGAGGAAGCUGAAACCUCAUCAAGUCGAUGGUGUGCAAUUCAUGUGGGAUUGUUGCUGUGAAUCGGUGAGCAAAGCCUUGAAAGAGAAUGGGUCUGGGUGCAUUUUGGCACACUGUAUGGGUCUUGGAAAGACACUACAGGUGGUGACCUUCUUGCAUACCAUGUUGUUGGCUGAGAAGCUGAACUUCAGUACUGCCUUAAUCGUUUGUCCACUUAAUACAGUUCUUAAUUGGAUUAAUGAAUUUUCCAAAUGGCAGGAAGGACUGGAUGAUGAUGAAUGUUUAGAGGUAAAUGAAUUAGCAACAGUUAAACGUCCUCAGGAGCGGGCCUACAUGCUUGAAAGAUGGAUGGAAGACGGUGGUGUCAUGAUUUUAGGUUAUGAGAUGUACCGUAAUCUUGCACAAGGCAGGAAUGUGAAAAGUAAGAAAUUGAAAGAACUAUUCCAGAGGACUUUAGUAAAUCCAGGUCCGGACUUUGUUGUGUGUGAUGAAGGGCAUGUACUUAAAAAUGAAGCUUCAGCUAUAUCAAAGGCAAUGAAUUCUAUUAGAACAAAACGGAGGAUUAUUCUUACUGGAACGCCAUUACAAAAUAACUUGGUAGAAUAUCACUGUAUGGUGAAUUUCAUUAAAGAAAACCUUCUUGGUUCGAUAAAAGAAUUCAGAAACAGGUUCAUGAAUCCCAUUCAAAAUGGCCAGUGCGCUGAUUCCACUUUAGUGGACGUGCGAGUAAUGAAGAAACGUGCUCACAUCUUGUAUGAAAUGCUAGCAGGCUGUGUACAGCGAAAGGAUUACACUGCGCUUACAAAAUUCUUGCCUCCGAAAUAUGAGUAUGUUCUUUCUGUGAGAAUGAUGCCAAUUCAGUGCAAACUUUAUCAGUACUACCUUGAUCAUUUUACAGGAGUGGGGACUAAUGAAGGUGGAAGGGGGAAGACAGGAACAAGACUCUUCCAAGAUUUCCAGAUGCUGAGCAGGAUAUGGACCCAUCCUUGGUGCCUGCAGUUGGACUAUAUUAGCAAAGAAAACAAGGGAUACUUUGAUGAGGAUAGUAUGGAUGAAUUCAUUGCAUCAGACUCAGACGAAACUUCAAUGAGUCUUUCCUCUGAAGAUGAGAAAAGUAAAAAGAGAAAAAAGCGUGGAAAGAAAGAUGAAAGCAGCUCAAAGGAGAGUGGCAGUGACAAUGAUGUGGAGGUUAUCAAAGUUUGGAAUUCAAGAUCGCGUGGUGGAGGAGAAGGAAGUACAGAAGAGAAACCUGCAGACUCUAGUGCUGCAAAAGCAGAUGAUGCAAAACCUUCUACUGGUUCCAAUCCAGGUAGCCCAGCUGCAGAUUGGUACAAAGAGUUCAUCACAGAUGCUGAUGCAGAAAUAUUGCAACAUUCUGGGAAAAUGGCCCUUUUGUUUGAAAUUCUAUACAUGUGUGAAGCAAUUGCAGAAAAAGUACUUGUAUUCAGCCAAUCCCUUAUAUCAUUGGAUUUAAUUGAAGACUUUCUGGAGAUGGCAAACAAAGAGAAGUCAGAAGAUAAAUCUGAGAUUUAUAAAGGUAGUGGGAAAUGGUACAGAAAUGUAGAUUACUAUCGAAUGGAUGGCUCUACAAGUGCGCAAACAAGAAAAAAAUGGGCUGAAGAAUUCAACGAUGAGAGUAAUAUCAGAGGCCGUUUAUUCAUUAUUUCCACCAAAGCAGGAUCGCUGGGGAUUAAUCUGGUUGCUGCCAACCGUGUUAUUAUUUUUGAUGCCUCUUGGAAUCCUUCAUAUGACAUCCAGAGCAUCUUUCGUGUUUACCGUUUUGGACAGAUGAAGCCAGUCUUUGUCUACAGGUUCUUGGCUCAGGGAACUAUGGAGGAAAAGAUUUAUGAUCGUCAAGUAACAAAGCAGUCACUAUCAUUCCGUGUAGUUGACCAACAACAGAUCGAGCGACACUUUACAAUGAAUGAAUUAACUGAGCUCUACACUUUUGAGCCAGAUCAACUGGAUGAUCCAAAUUCUGAAAAGAAGAAGAAGAGAGAUACUCCUCUGCUGCCUAAGGAUCACAUUUUAGCAGAGAUACUUCAAAACCAGAAAGAUUUCAUUGUGGGCUACCACGAGCAUGACUCUCUCCUGGACCACAAAGAGGAGGAAGAGCUAAGUGAGGAGGACAGAAAAGCAGCAUGGGCUGAAUAUGAAGCAGAAAAGAAAGGUCUCUCCUUGCGGACUAACGUUGCAAGCGGGAUUAAUUUCCCUGCUGUCAAUUUCAGCUUGCAGGCGGCACAUUUUCCGUUCAACAUAGCAACUUUGUCCACGAUGAGUAAUCAACAGCUGGAGGAUCUUAUCAAUCAAGGCAGGGAGAAGGUCGUUGAAGCCAGUACUAGUAUAGCAGGAGUGAGAGCAGAGGCUCUUGAAGACCUCAUUGCACAAGUGUGGAAAGAGAAUCCCAACCUGACUGAGGAACAAGUUCAAGCAGUAUCACUGACCAAACAAGCCAGUCAAGAACUUGAAAUAAAACGCAGAGAAGCCAUGUACAAUGAUGUCCUUUCAAAGCAGCAGAUGCUGAUAAGGUCUGUGCAACAAAUAUUAAUGAGCCGAAGGCAGCAGCAGUUCAACCAGAUGACAGCACAGCAACAGUUUCCAAUGAACUCACUUUUAAACCAAUUUAUGUCUUCAAGAAAUCCUAGUUCAAUGAUGACUUAUCCACACAUUGGUUUAAGAGGAUUACCAAUGUAUCCACAAACUCCACCUGGUAUGCGACCUCCUCCUUUGCAACGGGCACCACCUGCAGCCAUGCAGAUGAAGGGACAGUCUCCUGGACCCCCACAGCUCAAACAAGGAAUAAAAAAUUCAAAGAAAUAGUCAUUGCUGAAGAGAUUAUAGAAAUGUAGUUUUGUGCCUUUGCUACGGUAGCAAGCACAUUGCUGAACUGAAAAAGAAAAGCUUCAAGUGACCAAUGUAUGACUGUAGCUUGCAGUUGGGACACUACUUAAGUGCAUAGAAUCGUACUGAAAUCAUCAGAGGUAAUACUGUCAUAGGAGAUUCCACGGAAUCUUUAAACAUUGUAUAUAGCCUUAAUAAAUAUGUGACUGGUAGGGAGAGAACAUGUUUUCUUCCAAGUUUUUUGUUCUGCCAAUUAUUUUGUUUAAUUUUGAUGUACGUGAAAAUUUUAAAAAGUUUUUUGAGGAGAUGAGAAGUUGAGAAUCCAGGACUCGUCGACCAUUGAAAUAUAAUUUAACAAAUGUUAUCUUUGCCACAUUACUUAAUGAGCUUCAGAUAUAAGACCAGUUGAUAAAGGAACAAAUGAUGUUGCACCUUCAUGUAUUUCUGUUUUGGUGUUAACUCCUAUGUCUCAAUCUAACAAAUGAGUACUUUUCCACAAUGUUUGGUAGUUGAGUUCCUCCAUCUAUUGAACCAAAAGAAAAUGAUUUUCAGAACUGCUGAAAUUUAAAGGGUAGACUUAGUGGAUAAUACAAUUAAAUGCUGACUGGAAGACUUAUUUGGUGUCAACUGGUGAUGAGGGUCAGUCUCGUAAAUGUAUAGAUUUAUGCCUUCAGUCUUGAUAAAAGUAGUUAGGUUCAUCCUUGGCAACCCCUCUGCAAUGCAUUGAUGUACUGUCAGUGUUUCUUCCUCUCAACCUCCAUAUUACAUUCAAAUCAUUUUUCUUAAUUUAAGCCCAAUUCUAAGUGAGCUGAAUGUUGCUUUUCAUAUGUGUUAGACAAUAAUUGGAUGCAAAGAAACUCUUUGUUAUCUAUUUCAUCAAUUUUAGGUAUAUAUCCAGUGAUGAUCUGUUAUGGGAGUGCUAUUUGCCUUCCCUAGAUGUUGAUUUGAUUUAAUCCAUGUCCUGUGAAUUUCUUUACUUUCCUGGAGUUGGUUUCUACCCAAAAUGUGGAUGUUCUAAUUCCACAAGUAACAAGACAGGAAUUUCUAUAUUUCCUCUGGUCCUUGUUUAAAUGCACUCAUAGAAUCGUACCAAGGGAUAUGUUCCAAAUGGACAGAACCUGUCAUUUGGUAUGAUGUAAAGAUGUCCCCAGAAACAUCAUUGAUCCUUGAACUAGCCACGCACUUGUCACAAAAAUGUUCUUGUCUUUAUACACAGUAGGUAACCUCAGUUUAAGCAAAGAUCGCCAGCUUUGUCAUCAUUGGUCUAAAGUUACUGGCUGUCAAUCCAAGAGCAGCAACAUUUUUAUUCUACCAGAUGGACAUGAUUGCAUAAUUAUGUAUGUUGCGCCAAUAAUUUGUUCCGUCACCUCAGUUUUUGAGCCAUUUAUUGGUAACUGCUGUUGGUCCCUAACAGGUUGGGAACCCAGCAUGCAACUCUUGCAGCUUGCUUGGAAAUUCAACUUCAUAGCUUUUUUAAUAUAAAUUCAAAUAAUCUGUUCUUGUAACUGAUGGUUCAUCUGCUUUACAUGAUCUGAGCUAAUUUCCAGGCUGUUCUUGAAUUAUUUUCUUUUAAAGAAUUUGUGUAGCUUAAUUGCAAGGAAAGAUUUAUCAUUUGGUCAUCACCAAUUAAGUCGGAAGUAGAUUUUAAUAGACGAAUGCAUUGAGAACCUAGCUUAUAUCUAUAAACCUAGACAACCUGCAUCUGCUUAGGCAUUUAAAACACGUAGGUGUUUAAUGUGUUCUAUGUUAUUGUCCAUGUGAAUAGAAAAUAGAUUCUGUGAAGUCAACCAAAUCUACUUCUAUUCUUGAGGUCACUUUAUGGAAUAUCUGCAGAGUUGCACUGUCUGGCAACUAGUGUAAUGAAAAAUUAGUUUUCAAUCAAGUAAGUCCUGAAAUUCAUAAGUAUCCUGAAAGGUGUUGUAUAGACUGCAAGGGCAUCCAGCUUGGGCAAGAUUGGAUCAAGUUAUUGAAUGUUAUGGUUUUCAUUGUAUGGAAGGUCAUUGCAUUAUAUAUCUGAAAAUCUGCUCCUUUUGAAUGGAAGCAUUUCCAUGUAACAGAAUCGCACAGAAUUAAUUCUACUUUUGAGAGUUGCUGCUUAUGGAAUUUAGUAUUUUGUUUUCUAGUUUUGACCCCCAAAAAAUUACCAGCUUGCAGUGAAAUCCUAAUUGUUACUUAAUGUUCUUUAAAGUACUGUAUGGAUUGAAUUCCUCCUGGGAAUCUUGGCUUCCUCCUGUGGUUUGUGGUGAAUACUUCUGAUUAAAGACUGAAGAACCCUUAGAGGACAAAUGAUAUAAAUUUUAGAAGCCUGUCAGGUUGUUUCUGUUCAUAUUAUGUAGUUAUAUGCUUUAUUUAAUUUAUAGAUUUACAGUGUUAACCAUAUUUUGUGCUAAUCCACAUUUUAUUUUUCACCAAUACUGUCAGCCUGAUGUAAACCAAAAAUAAAGCUAUUCUGCACUCUAGGCUUCAACAUUUAUUAUAAAAUCUUCUCAGUUCAUGGCUAUUUUGAUAUUGGGGUGAUUUAUAAAAUAGAAAUGUUUUCUAGUUAUCUUCAGGCCUUGUAAGACUAUAUUCAGAUGAUUAUAUUUGGAACGUGCAGUGAAAUUAACUGUUUCUAACUUCUUGCUGUUGUGUAAUGUUCUGUCAAAUAUUUCCAUUGAUUUAAGUUUGUCUAAUUGAAAGGUAAGACUUUUAGUCGAUUUUUAGUUGUUUUUUUUGAAAACAAAUCCAUUUGCUCAACAGUUAUUUGCUUUCUAGUAAAUUUCAGUUGACAGACUCUAUUUUUCCCAUUGUGAAAUCUUGUCAGUCAUUUUUCCUCACUGCCUUUCUAAGAUUGUGCCAAAGCAGUGAUUUGCUAAGUUGUCAAACAUUCUCAUAAUGUUAAGAAUGGUCUAAUACAACCAAAUUUCACUCCAGAUCUUUAAAAGGUACAUAAAUUCUGUUGUACCUGACACUUCACUGUUCAUUCAGUGGGAUGAUGUUUUUAGUUGAUUUGUGUCAUUACACCUUGUUUUCAAAUUAGAAUUUGACUUUUUGUCAACAUGCUUUAAAUCAGUUCCCAUUUUCAUUUUACAAUUGGAUGUCACAAAAUUAAAAGAUAAUAUAAUAUUGUGCACUUGUUGAGGCAUUUAGAUUUAAAAUUUAAAUCUAUAGCAACGUGAUUUCCAUGUGUUUAAGAACCCAGGAGAAAUAGUUUCUGAAUGUCUUUCAGGUAAAGGCAUGAUGGUGGGGCCAUGUAGCAACAGAGGGCAGCGGAUGGAAUUUUAAACUCCAAGGCUGCAGCAGUUUAUAGCUUUUAUUUGCCUUUGCUGUCCUUCACUUUGCUUCAUUUUAUCUUUUAGAAUUAUUAUUUUGUGACAAACAGUACUGCUCAAGAUCUCUUGCGGUGUAAAAGUUAUCAGCAAUUGUUUUGGCAGGUAUUCUAACAGUAUAAAUCAAAGGUGUUUGCUGGUCUCAUUAAAACAAAAGGUGAAGCCAUGGGUAGCACAAUAGUGGUAUAAGGCCAAUGCACAGAGUCAAAAUUUUGAGACGAGAUAUACAACAAUUGGACUUCUCCUAUGUUUCACUUUAAAUUUGGGUUUUUUUUGUUUAUAUUUUCAGUGCUGUAUUUAGCACUGAGUUUGACCAGGAAAUAGUUUUGAAACUAUAAUGGUUGUGGUUGAAAAGAAAUUUAAAUCACUCGAAUUGUUCAUUUUUAUAAAGUUAGAUGUGAUUUACAUAGUUGCUGUUGCUUAACCAAUAAAUAUGUUGCAGCUUGUAUUAAGACUGAAAAUGGUAAAUACCAUAUUUUCUAACUCGUAUUGUCCUUAAUUUUGGAUGUAAGGCAUUCUUUGCUUAGUAAUAUGUUUUUGUAUCAAACGUACCCUAGUUGAUUAGCAAAAGGAGAGCCCAAAAACCAUUAUUUGCUGUUGAAUUCUAACAGCUUUGAAGAUGUAACAGUCUUGCUUGCUUUCUAUAUAUUUUAGAAAUUGUUUCAACUGUAUUUAUUCACUACCGUAAAUACCGUAGAACUGAUACAAUUUCAUCCCAUAGGGAUCAUCGUGUGUAAAAUAAACUGGCAGUGUGUUUUGAUAGAAAUUGUAGUGGAUGAAUAAGUACGCACACUGUUGUGUUGUUACCUUUGCAAGUGGUAUCAAAUCAUUUAAAUUUUAAUAUUUAAUAUUCAAUAAAAAUGACAAAAUUGAAA